CGCAACAGUAGUGUCCCCUUGGGCGGAUGGCAACCUGUGCAGAUUCUUCUUGAUUGCACUUAACCACUGUUGGUUUCUAUUAAAAGAUGGGGGAGGGAAAUAUGUGAUUUUGAACCUUAAUGCCUAUACUUUUUGGAUUGGUUCACACUUCUACAAUCAAUGACCAGAGAGGAUGAUACUUGAAAAGUUGAAUUAAUAUUGCAGUCUUUAACAAGACACUCAAAACCCUUUUGAAUGAUGGGGUUAUAAAAAAAGCAGUAUUCUUGUGUACCUGCACUUAUUUGUAACAUGACCAAAGAGAAGGUGCCAGAUAUACUCAGCAGUUACAAGGAAGUUAGUGUUCAUUUGAACAACAUUGAAGAUACCAUGACAUCUGAUGCACAGGUUAAGCCCUCCCACAGGCCUGCAAGUCAGAAUAAUAAAGAAAAGGUUGGCCUGAAGAGCACGCGGGCAUUUUUCUUUUUGGUCCUGUGGUACAUUUUCUCAGCCUUUACACUGUUUCUCAACAAGUACAUUUUAGCAACUCUCAAAGGAGACCCCAUGCUACUAGGUGCUAUGCAAAUGGUGAUGACAACCACCUUUGGCUUUGUACAAAUGUACUUACCCCUAGGAUUCUACACACCAGUUGAAAGGGAAGGCAAACCUCCAAAUUUUUGGAGGAACAUGGCUCUUGUGGGAACUAUGAGGUUUUCUACAGUUGUGCUGGGACUUGUGGCCCUGAAAUUCGUGGCGGUUUCUUUCACAGAGACUGUCAAGAGUUCAGCUCCUUUAUUCACAGUUUUCAUCUCACAGGUGCUGAUAGGAGAGUACACAGGCCUGUACACUUUCCUCUCACUAAUUCCUAUUAUGGCUGGCCUUGCUCUCUGUUCUGCUUAUGAACUUAGUUUUAAUAUACAGGGCUUUGUAGCUGCAAUGGCUACAAACCUCACAGAGUGUUUGCAGAAUGUCUACUCAAAAUUGUUAAUAAGUGGAGAAAAGUAUAAAUAUACGCCAGCUGAGCUGCAGUUUUACACCAGUAUUGCCUCCAUUGGAGUUCAGAUUCCUGCCUGCAUUUUCAUGCUGGAUCUCCAGACUGCUCGUAGCUCCCUGGAUGUCACCAUGUUGAGCAUGCUUCUUCUCAAUGGUGUUUUCUUUCACUUCCAGUCUAUCAGCGCCUAUGUUCUUAUGGAUUAUAUUUCACCUGUCACUCACAGUGUGGCCAACACUGUGAAACGAGCAUUUCUCAUAUGGAUUUCAGUCAUUCUGUUUGGCAACCCUGUGACAUUCCUCAGCUCCGUGGGGACAAUUACUGUGACUGUAGGUGUUCUCCUUUACACAAAGGCCAAAGAACAUGAUCAUAAUCUCUUGCAACUCCGAGAGAAGUACUGCAAGCAGGUAGACUCACAGGAGUUAGUCAUUCAUCAGCUGUGACAAAUGUGUAGCGACUAGAUUUGUUCAGUCUUGUGGAUGGAGUUUUGGAGAUUGCAUGGACCGCACCCAUCUAGGCAUGGUGUCACAUUGCUUUAAGUCAUAAUGACUGCUGCCAACCUAGAGUCGAAACUUUCUCUGUGUUAAUGGCACAGAGUUUACAACUGUUUCUGCGAGUAAAAAGUAUACUAGAGAAGCACCUUGCUAUUAAUUAAGCAGUGAUCUGCCAGAAUUCAAGGAAAUUGUGGUACACAAGUACACAACAUUGAAUUUGAAUGGAAGCAGCUUUUACCUGCAGCAAAUCCUUUAUUGUAGAUAUUCAACAUUUUCAGAAGUUCAGAAACCAUUGUGCUUGUUUUUUGUUCUUUUUCUUUUUUUCCACCUUAUUCCUUAACCCUGGCGGUAGGAAAAAGGCACUUCCUUGAAGAGGACUGUCUAACAUUUGAAGUCAAAUUUCAGCAAAUAAAUGAGCUCAGUAUUCUGCCUGAUAAAAGUUCCAAAAAUGUCUGCCAAGGUCAUUGCGCAUGUGAUGUAAUUGUGUUGGCUUUAUUUCUGUCAAACUGAGAUUGUCAAACAUUUGCUGAAUGGACAGUUACAGAUCUUUGGGGAUUUGGGAGGGUGUGUGAUUGAGCUAUUGCUAUUCUGUUGAUAUGACACUGCCUUCUUUGGGACAUUUAUAUUUUCUUCCAAAUGGGGGCUAACUGAAAGUAAUUUUUCAAGUUUCUUUCUGUGUAAUAGGUCAUUAUCAAUAAUAAGUAUUACUUGGCCUUUACUUCUACAAAGCCCUUUGGGAAAAUGGUGCCCUUAGCACACUGCCUGAUGUGACAGUUCAAGAGAUUUUAUUGUAUAGAAGCAUGUGAAUGCAUUCUAAUUAUUUUCAACUUUGAAAUGUUUGUUUUGUUGUUGGUUUGUCAUAUUUCCUUUGAAACUGUGUUACACUGGGGGUUGAUUUUAAAUUAAUGGAUUAUAACACUUUGGAAUGUUUGGGGUGUGACAAUUGUAUCUGUAUCAUUGGAGACAAAGGUGUUUGAAUUUUUUUUUUCAUAUUUUCUUGGGCACAUUUAGUAAUCUACCUCAGAGUUAAAACCACUGUUUCCAUUUUUAGAAAGCGUAGUUUUCUUGGCAUAGCAGUUAUUCAUACAUUCAUGAAAGUUAUUCAUUCAUGAAAGCUUGCAAAAGAAGUUUCAGAUGUUUUGUUAAUUCUCUAAUCCUAGAGGAAUUGUGAAACAAAAUGUCUAGUAUGAAACACUCAGAUUGCUCGUUAUUACACCAUGGUUUGGGUCUAGCAAGCUGUGCCUAAUUUUGACAUGUUGCUUUGGACAUGAGAUAGCUUUUUUUUUUAAAUUACAAAUACAGUAUUUGUUGACUCAUUUCUAUGAUGACAUCUCUUUGAUGAUAAUAGUAAAAUUUCCCAUCUAAACUCAGUGUAAACCUCUGACGCUAUGAAGUUUUGUUGUGGUUAUUCUAACAAAACACUAUGUACUCAGUCACCUUGCAAUUUAUGCUGUAGAUAUGAUCCUUAAUGUCAACUUUAUGGUUAUAAGAUUUAUCUAAACAUGUUCCCAUGUACCAUAUGUAAUAGAAAAGAAGGUACAAUAAUAUUGCUAACAAUGUUAAGUGUUAUGGAGUUGAUGACAACUCAAUAGUUAGAGUACUGUCAUCUGAACCUCAAGGCGCACAGGUUUGAUAUCUGUAUAGUGCAACAGACAUCCUCCAGUCAUAAUAAUAAUGAUGAUUUAUAUAGCGCUUUACAUAAAUCAUACAUAGACCAAAUCAUUUAAAAUCUUUUAUCUUAUUCGCAUAUCAGACAUGCUCACUUGUACAUCAUACACUCAGUCAUACACAAAGUAAUUUACAGACACGCAUUUUACACACUCCUGGUCAGGGGGUAGCAGGACUCGAGGUUGAGCGAGACUCGAUGUUGAAGCGAGACAUGUGAAGAGAAUGUACUGAACCUUAAAAGAAAAAAAAUACUACAAAGUUAAAUUUAACAGCUGAGAAGCAAAUGAAACUUUUAGGUUCAAAUUAUUAUAGCUUGCAAGUGAUGUGGAUAGUGUACU